GUUCACAGAAUCAGUUCCGAUAUCUGACCAAUAAGAGAGCUUCUAACACAUUUCCCAUCUUCACCAUUGCUAAGCCGGGCGGCCAUGAUGGCGAUGUCUAACUCUUUAUCCCUCCUGGUGAGGGGCCUCAGCACAUCAGCUGCUAGGCCAGCUGCUAUGGUCAAGGCUCCGAUCCAGGUGUUCGGUGUUUCCGGUCGCUACGCUACGGCGCUGUACUCAGCUGCCAGCAAGGAGAAGAAACUGGACGCUGUUGAGAAAGAUCUCAAUGCACUUCAGGGUGUCAUCGAUGGCAACACCAACCUACAGGACCUACUCAAGAACCCCAUCAUUACUAGGGCUGAAAAGAAAUCUGUUGUUCUGGGUGUCCUGAAGGAACAGAAAGCUUCUCCUCUUGUCACCAACCUGGUUGACUUACUGGGAGACAACAACAGACUGGGCGUGGUCUCGGGCGUGGCUAAGACGUUCAGUGACAUCAUGAGCGCCCACAGAGGGGAGGUCAUCUGUGAGGUCACCACUGCCAAGGCUCUGGAUGCAUCUACCAUGAAGAGUCUACAAGAAGCACUGAAGAUGUUCCUUAAGAAGGGAGAAACCCUCAAACUUAACACAAAGGUGGACCCCGCUCUGAUUGGUGGGAUGGUGGUGAACGUUGGGGACCGGUUCGUCGACAUGUCCACGGCCAGCAAAAUCAACCGUAUGGCGGCGCUCAUACGCCAACCCUUGUAGAAAACACGUGACCAAGAUCCUAUAGUAAAAUCAUAAUCUCUCAUGACUAAAUAUACACAAAUAUAUACAGUUCUACUUAUUGUAGACAAGAAUAUUCAGUUGGGGGGUAUUUGCCAUUUUCCCUUUUAAGAAAAGCAUACAAUCUUGCAGUAUCUGUAAUUUCUCCAAGUUGUCCUUUUGAAGUUAGAUAACAAAUUGAAGGUUGCAGUUAAUCUGUAACUUUCAGACAGUAUUCCAUAAGACCUCACUACAAGUAAAACUCUUGCUGUGCGUAAGAUGUUGAGGGAACAACGAAAAUGUGUCAACCUUUGUGUGUGUAGUCUGAAUAAAGGAAGGAAUGGUUUGAA